GCAGCAGCCUUUAGGGAGAAAGACUUCUGCCCUUUCCAACAGGCUGUGUGAUAUCCAAGCCUGCCCACUAGUUGUUUUACUAAAUAAUUUAUCAUACUCCUGUGAUAAUCAAGGUAUAAGGAGGGGCCUGAUUUCAUAUACUGCCUGCUUUGAGCCAAUCAGGCAGAAAAGAUGCAGUAGAACAGGAUGACGGUGAGCAGCACUGCUAGUGUACUGCAAAUGUGAAAGGGAAGCGAGAGCUGGCAGUUUAUGUGCAGAAUAGGGAAGAAGAAACAGAUCCAGGGAGGGAGGCCACUGGAUUAGGAGACCGUCUGGAAGAAAAGCAUAUCAAUUGGAAGUGGCAGAGAAUUUGUCCUACAAACCAGAAAAAGUCCGGAUUGGCUCUCUAGCUUCUUAACAUUGUGUUAUUUUGUUAUAAUCCUGAGAAGUGGUCACAAUGAAUUUCCUGCGAAGACGCCUUUCAGACAGUAGUUUUGUGGCCAAUUUGCCAAAUGGUUAUAUGAUGGACCUUCAACGUCCAGAUAAUUCUACCAGCAACCCUGUUUCCCCAGCAACAGAGAGAAGGCAGCAGCCUCUGCAGCAACCCACUCCUCUUUCUUCUGGUACCAGCAUCUUUAGUUCCCUCUCCAGUGCCAUGAAGCAGACCACGCAGGCAGCGGCAGGACUGAUGGAGCACUCAACAGGCCCUGCGCCUGUAGUCCAACCAAAACCCCAGAUUCUCUUGGUAAUUGAUGAUCCUCACACAGAUUGGGCUAAAUAUUUUCAAGGAAAGAAGGUGAAUGGGGAAUUUGAGAUCCGUGUGGAACAGGCAGAAUUUUCAGAAAUCAAUUUGGCUGCAUAUGUAACUACUGGCUGUAUGGUGGAUAUGCAAGUCACAAGGAAUGGCACCAAAGUGGUCAGAUCCUUCAAGCCUGACUUUGUUCUCAUCCGACAGCAUGCUUACAGCAUGGCACUAGGAGAGGACUUUCGCAGCCUUGUCAUUGGCCUGCAAUAUGGUGGAGUCCCAAGUAUCAAUUCACUUUUCUCCAUCUACAAUUUCUGCAGCAAGCCUUGGGUGUUCUCUCAGCUAAUUAAGAUCUUCAAUUCUCUGGGUCCUGAGAAGUUUCCUCUUGUAGAGCAAACAUUCUUCCCAAGCCAUAAACAGAUGCUCACAACUCCAGCUUUCCCUGUUGUUGUCAAGCUGGGACAUGCUCAUGCAGGAAUGGGGAAGGUAAAAAUUGAAAACCAGCACGACUUCCAAGACAUUGUAAGUGUGGUAGCUAUGGCCAAAACAUAUGUCACAACAGAGAAUUUCAUCGACUCCAAAUAUGAUAUAAGAAUCCAGAAAAUUGGCAACAAUUACAAAGCUUACAUGAGGACAUCGAUCUCUGGAAACUGGAAAGCAAACACAGGUUCUGCUAUGUUGGAACAGAUUGCCAUGACUGAGAGAUACCGGCUUUGGGCAGAUACUGUUGCAGAGAUGUUUGGAAGCCUUGACAUUUGUGCAGUCAAAGCUGUCCACAGUAAGGACGGGAAGGAUUUCAUCAUUGAGGUGAUGGACAGCUCAAUGCCUCUAAUCGGGGAACAUGUGGAGGAAGAUAGACAGCUUAUAGCAGAUCUGGUUGUCUCCCGAAUGACGCAAGUUUUCCUAGCCGUGGGAUCCUCCCCUUCACCUCUGAGACCUUGGCCACAGUCAAUAAAAUCACAGCCAGGACCGCAACUUGGACAGCUUUCCCAACCUCGGCCACCACCUCAAGGGGGGCCACGCCAGCCUCAAGGAUCACAACCUGUAAGGACAGGAGCUCCACCCCAGCAAAGGCUCUCUCCACAAGGUCAACAACCACAAAGCCCCCAGUCCACUUCACCACAGCAGCAGAGAUCACCGGGAUCUCCCCAGCAAACUAGAUCAUCAGCCAGUAAUUCGCCAAGCCAGCCUUCCAAACCCGGCACCUUUCCCCCCCAGCAGCCUCGACCUCCAGCUCAAGGACGGGCUCCUGGUCCACAAGGGUCUGGAGAAUCAAACAAGCAGCAGGCCCCUCCACAUCCUCACUUAAACAAAUCACAGUCUUUGACAAACACCUUCAGCCUCUCAGAUUCUUCACAACGAGGAAAUCCCAAUGAAGAUGAGGCAAAAGCUGAAACCAUCCGCAAUCUGAGAAAGUCAUUUGCUAGCCUGUUUUCCGAUUAAUCUUUUGGCCUAGUUUGUGCAGUUUGGUUGUUCUUUUAAAAAAAUCUAUGUUCCUUUUUAUAUUUCCCUAUCCAGUCUUGUCAUUGAAGUUACCUAUUAGUAAAUAUAGUUUCUUAUAGAACGUAUUCACCCAUACCGAUGAAGGAAGUUUCAACAAACAGUGGAAUUUUAGUCAUCCCACACCCUAUUGCCCUGCUUCUGGGCACUACUGAAGCUAUACAAUUUCCAUAACAUCUAAAAUAUAUAAACAGAACAUAUUCAUUCUUUGUCCCACACCAAGUUUGAGAGUAAAGGACAUGUACACUAGAGCUGACAAGUGUGUGAAUGAGAGGCCAAUGUGGGUAGGCUAUAAUUUUACUGCAGCACCAUUCAUUCAAAUCAGUAUUUUACUGUGUAUAUAUACAAGCCCAAAGCCUACAAACAGAAUCCUUCAGUUAUCUUUCUACAUAAAUAGUCCCUUCAGUACCUGUAUGUUUUUUGUUAACUCACUUCAAAGAAACACACUGAUAAUAAAAUCACUUCAACCAUUGCUUCCCUGUGUAAGCCAGUAACCAAAAGCAGUGCUCUACACUCAGAUGAAUGUGCAGGAUAUCCCUUUGUGCAAAAAAAGCAAACAUCUUUUUCAUGGUGUGUUUAUACAGUAUGUCACGAACAAGCAGAAUUCUAGAGCCAGCUGCCCAAUCAUUCCUACUUGUAGCACGACAGAUACAACAGAUAACAGCUUCUUUCUGCAGUCGGGUUAAUGUUGUUAGUGGCAAGCGGCUUCACAUUUUUGGUUUAUUCCUUCCCAACAAACCAAAGAAAGAAUCCAGGGUUUUAUCAAGUUCUUUUCUGCUUUGCUGGGAACAAAAUAAGUAGAAGCUCCCUGCUGCCAGAUGACACAAUAAAAUCAACUGCAGUACAAAGCUCCAUGGUUUAUUUAACUGUUGCUACUUCAAGCUGAGACAAUCUCAGUAUCAGCAUGCAGUUUAUUCAAACCAAAGUUCCCUUCUGUUGUCGAAACACACCUAAUGUGGUGGAUCACAUAACUUUUUGCGUUGUUCUGUAAAGCAGGAUCACCUUUAGAGAAAUGCACCCUAGAUAAAAUCCAUUCUAAUUCCCAUAUGCAAUUAUAUCAUCCCUAUAGCACUGGAAGUGGGAAAUAUUUAGUCUGACUCAAAUUGUCUUGUUACAUUGUCUACAAAGAUGAAACUUGUCCACACCCUGACAAUUUCUAGCCAAUGAAAUUAAAAUAUAAUAUAUGUGUUACACAAAUAUCAUAUCCUUGUAAAUGAACAUGCAAAUGUAUGAAUUAUACUUGUGAGCAGGUUUAAAAUAGCCAUAAUGCAUUUCAGAUAAGAGGCAGGAUCUCUCACCAGGUUUUUAGAGAAAGCCAACAGCAAGAUCAGUGUUGAUUACAGAUAUUUUAAAGCAGCCACUGAAAUUUAAGUUGGUGGAAAAUUUAUGAUUCUUUUAAAGCACCCAGAUAUCCAUUUGUCGGUGGCAACAAAGAACAGAGUAACAGUAGCACAGGCUGAAUCCAUAGCAUAAUGAUAUGCUCUCUUUAAACCAACCUGACUGUAUAUUUCCAGCUUCCCAGUGUCAGGAUUUGGCCUUAGCUCCAUGACAUUUAAGCAAGAUCAGGUAACAUGUCAAACAUUAAAGUCAUAGAGGGUGGAAAAAUAAAGUCCAUAGCUAAUAAUAUAAUAAUAAUAAAUUUAUUCUUAUAUCCCGCCCCAUCUCCCCGAGGGGACUCGGGGCGGCUCACAGCAAUAGUAAAAAACAGUGACAAAUUACACAUUGUAAAAUCAAACAUGAAAAACAAUCAUACAAUCAAAACAUACAUCACAUGUUAAAAACAAGGAGGUAAAACAGUUCUGGGCCGAAAUAGAGGGCUACAUGAAGAAGGUGGCUUCGUGGCAGAAGUGCUCGACAAGGUAUCAAUAAUCAUGGUAGGACACUCUCUAAUUAAAUUAAAUGGGCAGACAAAUCAACCCCCAAGAAUUAGUCGAAGGCCCUCUGGAAAAGCCAGGUUUUAAGGCUUUUUCGAAAGGCGAGGAGGGUGGGGGCCUGUCUAAUCUCCCUCGGGAGUGAGUUCCAAAGGCUAAAAUUCUUGCUUUUCCAUAAUGACUUUUAAACCAAACAAUUUGCUUGACUUCCUUUUUACAGCACUAUCUAUGCAACACUGAAAUAAGCAGGACAUCAGUCUGGCUUACUUACUUACUUUACUUAGGUGAUCUCUUAUAGGCCGAGGAUGAUGGUCCUCCCAUUCUGGUGUCUUGGGGGUGUGUCUGUAGGUGGCUGAAGAGAUCUAUUCUUGAUCCGCAUGUUCUCCCGCUGUGAGGACAUCGGUUUCCAAGUGGAAGGCGGUCCUGGUCAGGGUUGGCUUGACGCGCCUUCCUCUUGGCACAUUUCUCUCUUAAGCCUUCCUUUCCUUCCUCUUUGAACUCUGCAGCACUGCAGGUCACAGCUGACCUCCAGCUGGUGCGCUCAAGGGCCAGGGCUUCCCAGUUCUCAGUGUCUAUGCCAGAGUUUUUAAGGUUGGCUUUAAGCCCAUAUUUAAAUCUCUUUUCCUGUCCACCAACUUUCCGUGUUCCUUCUUGAGUUGGGAGUAUAGUAACUGCUUUGGGAGAAGGUGAUCAGACAUUUGGAUGACGUGGCCAGUUCAGCUGAGUUGAUGGCCUCUUUGACCACAUUGGAGCUGCAAUUCAGAAUGUUCUGAUAGAGCUCUGAACUACAACACUGAAAUCAUCAGUCUGGCGACUCACUUCAGACAGAAGAAAAGUCCUUAGUGUAACAGCUGGACUCUAUGACAAGCUACCACAAAGAUGUCAUUUGCCUCCUCAGCACUCAAUUAAAAUAGAUAGGAUUGAGAUCAUAGUUUGUUACCAUACCCUCUGAUCCCUGAAGGUGGAAAUUAUCCUUACUCAGCACUAAGAAAUGUAAUGAGCUUUUUGUUUAACUUAUUUUAAAGCUGAACCUGACUUUCUCUCACAUUCCCUCCACAGUAAUUAGCCUCACAGAUUUCAGUUCUGCAAGUAUGCCACCCAAUGUUGUUACAUCAGGCAAUGUGUAAACAAAGCUAAAGCCAUGAAUUUUAGCUUCUUUCACAGACUUUUUAACUAAGCCAUUUGUUUUUACUCCAGUUUUGCAUAUAUCACGUAGGACAGCAAUAUUACUUUUAACAGUUCCACAUCCUUGACUUAGCCGCUGGAACUAUAAUUUAAAGAGCUGUAUUACUAUAGCCUGGAAUCAGAACAAACUAGCUCUCUACAUAUUGAUAGUAUGGGCUUUCUAAGGAAUAAGCACACCAUAAUGUAGCAUAGUGAUUAGAAACACUGAGAUUGAUGUUCAAAUCUACGUUCAAGCAAGUCAGCCCUACUUAACAGGGAUAAAAUGACAUGGCCUUUUGCAUGGGAGUACUAUUGUUACAAGCAAAUACAUUCCAUUAGUUGUCUUCUUUGCCAGUCAAAAAGGUUGACCAGUAUAAUAAAUUGUAGAAGAGGAGAAACCCAAAUACUUGGGAGCCUGGCUGAAAUAUGCCAGUACAAUGUUCUCUCACUACUUCGCGGUUCACUUUUCAUGGAUUCGCUGUUUCGCGGUUUUUCAAUGAACUCUAAAAGACUAUUAUAAAUCAUAAAAAUUACAAUUUACAGCCUAAGGAAGGGAGGAAGGAGAAACCAAUGGGAGAGAAAAGGAGCCCAAGUGGCAACGGGAGGAAAAGGAAGCGAUUUAUCAACACACGAUUGGUUGAUAAAGACUGAAAAUAGUUUAUAACUACUAAAAUAAUGUAUAAAUAUUAAAAUAAAUAUAGUGCCCCUACUUUGCGGAUUUUCACUUAUUGCGGGUGGUCCUGGAGCCUAACCCCAGCAAUAAGUGAGGGAACACUGUACAUACUUCCUACAAAAAUCAGUAAGGGACCACUACUCUAGUAUUAUAUCAAAAUGAUAUUCUUCUACUCAAAACUAUGUUUAGAAUUGCUUUAGAGAUUAUUCAAUUCUCACAAUUUAUUGCUUUAUUUAGCAUAUAAAUCGAAGUCCCCUUCCACACAGCUAUAUAAAAUCCACAUUGAACUGGAUUAUUUAUUUCCGAUAUUUCUACCCCGCCCUUCUCCCCGAGGGGACUCAGUGUGGAAGGGCCCUAGCAUUAAUAUGAGUUUGUGUUCACAAAUGUAAUAAUCCAGUAGCACAAUUACACCUCAAAGCUAUAGCAGAACUCAAUGUUAAGGACCACUUCUGAAAGAAGACACAUACUUUGUAAAGUUUCAUGCUGCACCUUUAGUAUUUGUGCCAUCUAAAAACUACCAGUCUGCUAACUGCAUGAGCAGAUCUAGUGAAGAAUCAAGCAAGCAAUAAUAUAUAUAAAUACUACCAAGUGCUACAGUUAACAGCAGGUGGGCAUUUUGAUGUGUGCACCUCAGAAAUUGUUUGGAGAGCACAGCUGCAUUCAUUCUGUGCCUUCAUUAUAUAGAACAGUAUCAUGUUAUAACCAAUCAAACCCCAGUUAUUAGAAAAAGAUGCUAAAUUGGCUUAUUGAAAUUAAUGUGGAUCAAACUGCAUGUUUAAAACUUUCAGUUGGGCUGAAAAUACUAGACUGAGAACGUUACCGAAAACUAGUAGCUGUAGUUCACUCUUCGCCAGAUAAUAAAACAAAACUGAAGAUAUAUACAGCCUUUGUUCUAACCAUACAUCUUUGAAAGCUAUAUUUAUAUAGAUCCUUUAUUGAGGAAAUAUUUUCUAUCAAGUCUUGUUCUAGCCAUCAUGUUGACUGUAUAAAUACUGAGUUUUGUCUAUUACUUCCUGAGUAUUGUACAGGCAUGGUUAUCCAUCAUACUUCAGAAGACAUUACGACUAGGAAUCUUUAUUCAUCUUGAUGUAAUGGAAUACAAGCAUAGCAGGCAAGAACAAAGAUGUGGAUUCACUCAUAUCCAUAGCUACACAGUUCUAAUUUUAUUAGAUCGUACAGUGGGUGUGGUUUUAUUUUAUGAUGUACUUAAAGCUUUCUCCUGAGACCUGAAAAAAAAUCAGCAAGGAUUAGAAGGCAACAUACUAUUGUUAGUCCUUUUGGCAUUCUCACUCAUGAUUUUGAUCAGGAUCUGGGUUAUUUUGUAGCAUGUUCUUAUUCAACUGUUUGUAGGAUGAUCUGUCCAGUGUUUUAUUCUUUCAAGUGUAACCAAAACAUUUGAAAUCUGUAUUCUUUGUGCACUGAAGUCCCCAAACCAAAAUUGCUUUUCAAGUAAUAAAAUGAGGAAAAAACUU